GGCAACCAAGCAAUAAUCUGUGAGGGACCGAGAUUUUUUCUCUCUUCAUUUUUAUCUAUCUACAUUUCGCGGUGCCGUUCACAACGAUCUGAUCGCACUGGCAGUCAUCUUUUUGUUUUGUUGUGAUUCACGAGAAGUGAGACCUGACAAUGUCUGCUUCUGACCCCCGUCGGGACCUUCCCGAAGCGGACGAUCAGUUCUCCGACAGCGGUUCUUCGACCUCCGAUGAGUUGGAUAUCACCAAGGACGAGGGAUGGGAGGACGUGGAGCCAGAUGACGAUUCGCAGCCCAUCGUGGGCUUGUUCAGCACAGACGUUUACCCGGACGUACAAUCGAUGUUGAAGGAGACCAAGGAGAAGUACAACUUCGACUUCAGGAGGAUCCAGAAGGAGCUCGACCUCGAUCUCCUGGAAAGUAUCAAGCUUGUCAACUACAUCCGGUCAGAAGUCAGAGCCGGAAAUACCAAGCCGGAUAUCUCUUCUAAGGCUAUCUUUGAGGAUGAUAUCUAUAUGAGACCCGUCCUCGAGGAUGAUGCGCUUCUUUACAGUCUCGAAGACCUUGGCGAAACGGAGGCAGAGGGCGAUGCACCGGUGUCAAAUGCUACUGCCAAUGCGAAGAAACGCGUGCUGGAACUGCAAGAACAGUUGGAGCGGCUUCAGGGGCAAUUCUCUGAAUACAGACUUGCAGUCCAGAAGUCUCUCGAUGAUCAACUAUCCAAAGAGGACGACAGCAGCGCCGCGAAGGGCCCGACUCGCAAAGCCACGGACAGGCUUCAAGAGGCGGAUGCCGACUAUUUCACUUCCUACUCCUACAACGCAAUCCAUGAAUCGAUGCUUAAGGACGCUAUUCGCACCGAUUCUUAUCGCGACUUCAUCUAUGAAAACAAGCGCCUUUUCAAGGACAAGGUGGUGCUAGACGUCGGAUGUGGCACCGGUAUACUGUCAAUGUUCUGCGCCAAAGCAGGCGCGAAGAUGGUUAUUGCGGUUGACAACUCAAACAUUAUCGAGAGAGCCAGGGAAAUUGUGUAUGACAACGGUUUUGGUGAUGUGAUCAAGUGCGUCCGUGGAAAGAUUGAGGAAGUUACCCUGCCGGUUCCGCAAGUGGACAUCAUCGUCUCCGAAUGGAUGGGCUACGGUCUUCUCUUUGAGGCCAUGUUUGACUCCGUCAUCUAUGCCAGAGACCGUUACCUUGCACCGGGUGGUCUCAUGGUCCCCUCACAUGCUACACUCCGUAUUGCGCCUCUGGCCGACCCGGAUUUCGUGGCGUCUCACAUCUCAUUCUGGAAUGACGUCUAUGGAUUCAAGAUGUCGAGUAUGCUUCUCGGAAUCCACGACGAGGCCCAGGUUCGAGUCAUCCCGCCAUCGAGUAUCGUUGCGGAUUCGAACCUUUUCUUGCAAUUGCCACUUCACACUAUCACGAAAGAAGAGCUGUCGUUCGUGAAGGAUUUCGAACUCACUCUCAAGGAGGACAUCGAUGCCCUCGACGGUUUCGCCAUCUGGUUCGAUAUAUUUUUCAUGCCGUCAUGCACCUCUACAAUCCCAGCGAAUGCCGUACCUGUCGACAUGCAGAAACAAGGAUUUGUAGCAUUCACCACCGGGCCUGAUGGACCUGAGACGCACUGGCAGCAGGUAGUCCUGCUCAUCAAUCACGGGCAGAAAGAACCUGCUCACUUAAAGAAGGGUCAGGUCAUCAAGGGCCAGAUCGAAUACCGAAAGAAGGAGGAGAAAUCUCGGUCACUGGACAUUGAAGUUAAAUGGGAGACAGAGGGCGAGAGUGGGAAACAAGGGUGGUCCUUGCAGUAAGGAUCUACAAAAGUACAUCUUCUUUUUGCGGUAUCAAUGUACAAAUGGGAUAUGUAGUCUGGAUCAUAAUUCUCGACGGGAUGUCACACAAAAAGGAGAC